GGAAUUGUCCGAGGAUUCCCGAUUGAUCAAAUUGUAUGUGAGAGCAAGGAACGAAAACUCUGCAUGGAGAUUGUUUGCUAGACCGGCCGGUAACCAUUUAGUCAGUCAAGAUUACAUCCUUUUCCGCCUUGUCAGCGACCCGAACAGGUAAAUAUGGGGGCCUACAAGUAUAUGCAGGAGAUGUACCGCAAGAAGCAGAGCGAUGUGCUCCGCUUUCUUUUGAGAAUUCGCUGCUGGCAAUAUCGUCAGUUGUCGUCGGUGCACAGGGCGCCACGACCCAACCGUCCUGACAAAGCCAGGCGUCUUGGAUAUAGGGCUAAACAAGGUUACGUUAUAUACCGUGUUCGAGUUCGCCGUGGUGGACGCAAGAGGCCGGUCCCAAAGGGUUGCACAUAUGGCAAGCCUAAAACCCAUGGAGUCAACCAGCUCAAGUUCCAGCGAUCGCACCGAUCUGUUGCAGAGGAGCGAGCCGGACGCAGAUGUAAAGCUCUCCGUGUCCUAAGCUCCUAUUGGGUUGCUGAAGAUGCCACAUACAAGUUUUUUGAAGUAAUUAUGGUGGAUCCAUUCCACAAAUGUAUUCGUCAUGACCCAAAAAUUCAGUGGAUCUGCAAGCCUGUGCACAAGCACAGAGAAUUGCGAGGCCUUACAGCUGCUGGCAAGUCAUCAAGAGGGCUUGGUAAAGGCCAUGGUUUCAACAAGACCAAGGGUGGCUCUCGCCGGGCUUACUAUAACAAGCAGAACACCCUCCAUCUGCGCAGGAAGCGUUAAAAACGUUUUUAAAAUUUUCUUUUCUUUUCAUUUUAAUACAUGGCUUUUGUGUGUUUCAUGGCAAGUGAGAGUUGAAUCUGGAACAUAAUAAAACCAUAUGUGCAUCCAA